AUGACUAGCUCGAAGCAGAACACAACGUAUCAUCCGCCUGGCUUGCAACCAUUGCAACUUCAUGCAUCUCAUCAAACUGCGCUCAUGGCCGCGCAUCAUCUAUCCCUUGCAAAGGCAACGUUCGCCGCCUCUUUAUUGCGACCUGAUAUAACCAAGGUAUCUCGUGAUGAUAUUACGCACUUCCAAACCAUUUUUGAUCAGACCCUCCACAAGUGCACCCCAAAGAACAUUCAGGCCUGUAAACAGUGGCUGCUUGAGAAUGUCCUUGUCUCGACUACAAGGACCUUGGCUCUAGGGAAAUUCCUCGUCUCCGUUGCUAGACAUCACGAGCCUGAAGCCCAGAGCCAUUCAAAGUCUCUAGUGUCGCGCCAACGACUGCACAUCCUCUACCUACUCCAUGACCUCUUCCACCAUGCCAAAUACCACACCCGGAAUCCGCCAGUGGAAAUUUCCGUUCCUCAAUCCUUACAACCAGUAUUGCCUGAUUUGAUUCAAUUGGCAAGUUCGCAGCGCAAACCCAAGGUUACCAAGCGGCUGGUCGACUUACUGGAUAUUUGGCGUCAGGAGGACUACUUCACGAAGACCGAACAAGCCCACCUCCAGAACUCCCUGUCAGCAUCACCGACGACAAGCGAGCCAGCCUCGCAGAAUGACACCAAGUCUGCCGGUGCCAUUACAGAGCUUCCGUACAACAUUCCGUCGACUCAUGGAGACCCAUCCCUACCAUUCUAUGACCUACCAGCUGCCAACCUCAUGCAUCUGAUUGUCCCUAACAGCUCUCAAUCUAUUCGACCAGAUGAAGUAAGGGCUUUGCAACUUUCUGCCGGUCCUGCCGAUGAGAGCUUGGUGCAUGCGCUAAAAGAUUUCUUACGAGAUGUUGACAGAAUGGAUAAUUCGUUCACGAAAUUUGAAGAUGAGGGCAUCUUCAUCGAAGUCGAUGAGCUUGGCCAAAUUCAACACCGUAACGAAACAGAAAGUAUCGGGGGUGAUACAUAUUACGGUUGGUCACGCGCGUUCUGUGACAAGAUGAAGUCCCGAGGCAAGACAAAUGUCACAGGUGCAGGUUUUCGCAGAAGCCAGUCAUCCACCUCAAGUCGCAGUCUAAGUCGAAGCCGGAGCCGAGGCCGAAAUCGAAGCCAGAGUCGAAGUGAGAGAAGUCGUAGCCAUGGCCGCACGCAACGUAAGAGGAGACGUUACAGCGGAUCAUCGAGUGAGAACUCACGGUCUCCACAGUCGUACAAUCGCUCGACAUCCCGAGAAAAACGAGCUCAUGAUCUGCGACAUUACGACAACGCCCGUGGAGAGACAGCAAAUCUAGCACCGUACACUACCUUCACGCCUCAUCUUCCUCCGAGACUUGAUUCAUCGAACCAGUUUAAUACUGCUGUAGCCGUUCCUACCAUCCCUUUCCCGGGCUCACCUUUCCAGCAAACCCCGUCGAACGUCACAAAUGUCUUUCCUCCACCCCCACCUAACUGGGCUGGCAUAUGGCCUCCGCCUCCGCCACCACCCAGCUUUUCUGGUGGAUACAAUCACCUCGGUCUGCCGUUUCCACCAAAUAUGGCCAACAUUCCAUUUCCACCAGGGGUGUCGCCAUUGCCUCCAGGGGUGUCGCCAUUGCCUCCAGGAAUGCCGUUUAAUAAUGAAAGAAAUGGGUACAAGAGGCAAUCUUAA